UUUUGUACCGGACCGGCCAUUCGCCUUUCAUUCGCCAUCAUCGCACCUUCACAACACCAUUCUCCUUCGGUUGUUGGGACGGAGCUUCAAAAUCUCUUUUGGCCAGCAUAAUUCAUUCAUUCACUAUAUUCCACCGGAUUUCGUAGUAUAGUUUCCGUUCCGACAAGGUUGCUGAUCGACUGGUUCAUCGAGUUUCUGGUAAGUUUUUCUGUUUCUCGGGUCGCCCUUCCCCCACCGUGCCGUGAUAGAAGAAAAAGAAGCUCGCCCAGUCAGACGAUGUGGUCUCAUCGGUUCAGAGAAAGCGGCUGGCUGCUGGCGGUGUUAUCGGUCUGCAGCCUGGGUAUCGUGGUACUAACCGAGAUACCUCGGCCCCGGGGAGUUUCGAUAUCGCGAUCCAGUUUGUAUCAAAGCGGCGCUAGCAGUGGCAAGUUUGUCUGUUUGGACGGCAAGAAAACAAUCCGAUGGGAGCAGGUUAACGACGAUUAUUGUGAUUGUGCUGAUGGCAGUGAUGAGCCCGGUACUUCGGCUUGUCCGAACGGUGUAUUCCACUGCACCAAUGCGGGCCACAAACCGAUGAAUCUGCCCAGCAGCAGAGUCAACGAUGGCAUCUGCGACUGUUGCGAUGCAUCCGAUGAGUACGCGUCGAGCGCUAGCUGUGCCAACUCUUGCAUCGAGUUAGGCAAGGAGGACCGCAUGCGGGAAAAGCAACGGGCCGAGAUGGCCAAGAUGGGAAAUCAGCUGCGGGCUGAGAUGAGCCAGCGUGGAAAGUCUCUGAAGGAUGAACAAAGGAUUCGGUUGAGCGAUUUGGAGAAAACCAAGGUAGAAGCUGAAGCUCUUCGUCAAGAAAAGGCCACCUUUAAGAAUGAAGCCGAGACACUGGAGGCAGCCGCAUUGAAGGUUUAUCGUGAUCGUGAAGAGGAAGCCCGCAAAUCUAAACAGGAAGCCGAGGCUCUUUCGAAUCGAGAAGAAGCCGAGGAAACAUUCCGCAAGUACGAUUCCAAUCAGAACGGGCUGCUGGAUAUUGUGGAGCUUCAAACGCGCAUCGCUUUGGAUCGGAAUCGUGACGGCGCUGUCGAUGUGGACGAAGCUCGAUUCUUCCUGGACGAGCGUGAGCAGGUUGAUUUCGAAACAUUCGUGACACUGUGCUGGCCCAAAAUUAAGCCAUUUUUGAUGCUUGACUCCGGCCUGUUUAAGCCUCCGAGCGAUAUCGAAGAGCUUGAAGGUGAUAACCUCCAAGAUCGUGGGGGCUAUGAGACUGAAGAAGCUGAACUACAAAACGAACGAGAUAGUGACGGGUAUGACCUGGAAGGAAGCGAACCAGAUCGUCCCUAUCACGAUGAUGAAGAGGCAGCCGAUCACGAAGAGGAAGAGGAUGAUGAGGGUUUGGAUGAUUCAGAAACCGGCGAAGGACAAGUCGAGGCCACGGCACAGGAACCGAAACAAGAAUAUGACCCGGAAACACAACAAUUAAUUCAAAAAGCAAAUGAAGCUAGGAAUCAGCACAGCGAAGCCGAUCGAAAGGUUCGUGAAAUUGAUUCAGAAAUUCGAAAAAUUGAAGAUUCGCUGAACAAAGAUUAUGGACGUGAAGAGGAGUUUGCCCCGUUAAAUGGAGAGUGCAUAAACUUCGAAGAUCGAGAAUAUGUCUACAAAUUGUGCCCAUUCGAUAAAGCCAUACAACAGCCGAAGCAUGGUGGUUCAGAAACGAGAUUAGGGUCUUGGGAAAAAUGGCUCAACGAUGACUACACUGCCAUGCUAUACUCCAACGGGGCCACCUGUUGGAAUGGGCCGGCCCGUUCGGCUAUCGUGCAUCUAGAAUGUGGUUUGGACACCAGGAUUACUGCGGUAUCCGAACCGAACCGGUGCGAGUACGAGUACCGCGUCCAAACACCGGCCGCUUGUGCAAUCCGGGAUGAUGCCGACAGAGAUCAACAGCACGACGAGCUGUAAAUAAUUUGCCAACUAAAGUUCCCAAAAUUCAUCUCAUAGAGUAGAUAGCACGCGGCUGCACCACAUCCAGGGGAUAAAAAUCAGUGUGUUCGAUGUUUCACGUACGAGAAAAUUGAUAAUCAGUUCUAAGCGACUCACUUUUUUUUCAAUAUUGUAUAAAAACAAGAAAAAUUCUUAGUCGGCGCAAUAACACAAAAGUUUGGAGAACAAAGGUUAAAGAAAACUCUUAAUCUUUUUAUGCCAAUUUAAAAUAGACACUUCAUUGGAGGAAUUUGAUUUUUUUUUGUUUCUGUACCUACUGCCUGAUGUUAGGUUUGAUCGGGUGGGAUUUCAAGUUUGGUCAACCAAAAAUCAUAAAGUGAUUGAAUUUAAUAACCUUGCGCCAGAUUUUCUAUAGUGAAAAAGUAAACAAAUUUGUUAAAGAUCGUUCAGAACAAGACAACAUUCCGAUUUAAUUUAGGAUUGGAAAAAAGCACCACAAAUCGCCCAAAGUGGGAAAAGAAUAAAAAACGAAAAUUG